UAAUAGCAUCAGUAACAGUGUGUAAACAAAUGUUGCUAUGCAAUUAUACUACAGAGCUUUUACUGCAAUUUAUGAAAGAACUAUAUGUAAAUGGCAAAUGUAACAGUACGUAUCUCUCGUAACAGAUCAAAGCACUCUCAAACUCCACUAUCAACGGCUAAGUCUGCGAAUGACGGUCGACAUAGUCGUCGUAGUGAAUUUGGGGAUAAUAUAUCUGAUAGAGGUGAAUGGUGGAGAGUUACUUUGAAGGACACGCCUAAUCCUGGAACAUAUGAAGUUGUUGACUUUAUCAACGAACUAAACAAGAAGGUCGUUCCUCAGUCGUAUACGUUCAAAGAUCAGGGACGACAGAAAAAUGUAGAUCCAUCACGAAAAGGCUCUGUGCUUAUGCCAGGACAAUAUAAGUAUCAAACGUUUGUCGAUGAUUUGAAAAAUAAGCAAUGCCAUGCCAGUUUCAAAGGACCUAAAAGAUUUCGUGGUCCCGGGAUAUCAGGUCUUAUUGACAAGGAUCUCUUUCAAAGUGACGUGAGCCCUUUCAGCUAUGAUAAAGAAUACAACAUUGACAAAAAACAUGCUUCAAAAUACGCAAUUUUCAGAUCCAAAGUUUCAAGAUUUCCGACUGUUUACUUCAAGCCAAGAUUAGGCCCAGCACCAGGAGAGUAUGAAACUUCGAAGUCAAGGUGUCCUCCUCCGGCAAUCACAUCUUCAUUCAAGUCAAGAACACCUCGUUUUCAGAAAGUUCAUUACUUGAAUACUCCAGGCCCUGGAAGUUACGCAAAGACCUACCAAACUCCAAUGCCUAACACAAUCAAGAGGAUGGGAAGAAAUUAUGGUUUGUUUUUUAGCUGUGGCGAGGAUGGCAAAUACUAAAGAGACAGAAACAUGAAGAAAGAGGAAAGAUGCGUUCAUAUUACUAACAUAUAUUUUGUAAAUUUAUGUCGAAGUUGAAUUAUCUAGGAAUGCAGCUAAUUAAAAAAAAAAAAAUUAUGUGAUAGUAA